AUGUCAACAACGAAUAUACCUACAACCGCUGCUACACCCGUCACUCGCAACUCACCUCGUUCCGUCAACUUGCCCACUUUGAUCGUCCAUUCACCCGUACAUCGCGAACAUAAACGACGGAAUUCCGAACCUGCUUCACCUACCACUCCGACAACACCACAACAUUCCACAUACUUCACUGGAUUCCCAUCGUAUACACCCGAUCCUUGGAAUCUUCGUCUCGCCUCGCGUAAAUCUCCUUUACCUCGCUCAUCAUCACUUUUCCGUCAAACGCAUUCUCAUUCCCGUCUGACAUCCCCUCUCUCGCGAACUUCAUCUGCCACAGCAGUCUCAUCCUCCCAUCUUCCAUUACCUCUAACAUCAGACGACGAAGAGGAUUCGGAAACUCUGAUUGAAGAAGAGAUAGAAUACGAUACUAGAUUUAUUGGCACCUCCUUAUACCUACGAAAUACCCAUUCGGAUUCAGCCAACAUGAGCGAUUCAGCAGCUACCAUGAAGAGAAAGGUGGUCAUCAUGGGCUCACCCAGUGUUGGUAAAACCUCACUGACUCAGCAAUACGUCGCACCGCCAACAUACAACGCAUCUUAUUACCCUACCAUCGAGGAUACUUCACAUAAGACCGUGACUUACAACGGUGUGCAAUAUGAAUGUGAAAUUAUCGAUUCGGCAGGAUUGGAAGAAUACUCUUUGUUCCCUGGUAAAUACGGGAUCGGGGUUCACGGAUAUAUCCUCGUCUACUCAAUCACGUCGAGGCAAUCUUUCGAGAUGAUCCCGAUAGUACAUGAUAAAAUCCUCGAUUAUGCUGGUUUGGAGAAAGUCCCUUGUGUGGUUGUAGGUCAGAAAUUGGAUUUGCAGUCUGAAAGAGCCGUAACUACAGCUGAGGGUGAAGCUCUCGCUAAAAAGUUGAAUGCUGGAUUCAUAGAAUCAAGUGCGAAAGAUAAUAAGAACGUCUCCAAGGCAUUCGACGUAUUACUCGCUGAGAUGCAAAAGGAAUACAAUCCCGCGCCGGAGAAGAAGAAAUCGAGUUGGUGGAGCUGGGGAGCUAAGUAG